AUGUCUACCCGCACAUCCACCCGUCAGGCCGCACAAAAGGCAAAGGAAGCCAUAUCAACUACCAGUGAAACAGGAGGCAGAGCAUCUGCGGGCACGAAGCGCAAAGCUCCGGAGCGGAAGGCGCCCCAGCCGAAGAAGGAAAAGAAGGAAGACCAGACUCUUCAACCGGAAGAGAAAGCUACCGACACAGGAGUGCAUCGCACCCAAGAGACAAAGCCUAAGGAAGAGGAGCCCAAGAAAGAAAAGCCCAAGGAACAAAAGCCCAAGGAAGAAGAGCCCGAGAAAGAAGUGCCCGAGAAAGAAAAGCCCGAGAAAGAAGAGCACAAGGAAGAAGAUCCCAAGGAAGAAGAGCCUAAGGAAGAAGAGCCCAAGGAAGAAGAGCCCGAGGAAGAAGAGCCUAAAGCAGCUCCUCCUCAGCCUCGUACUUCACCAGAAGAAAGCAAUAAACCUGAACUGAAUGUUGAAUCUGGCAUCCGCAAAUCCGAAGAAAGAGAAGACAUCGUCCCCUCGAAUAUCCUUGAAAAGGGUAUCAUCUACUUCUUCUACCGGCCACGAGUCAACGUUGAAGAACCUGAGGGAGUGGGUGAUGUUGCUCGCAGUUUCUUUGUGCUGCGUCCAGCUCCACUAGGUGCUGAACUCGAUUCAGACCAGGGACCGGUGGACAAAGAUGCCCAAUGUCGCCUGUUGAUGCUCCCAAAGAAAAAGUUUCCCACAUCGCCCAAGGAAAGAGAUAUGGGUUUUGUGGAGAAGGCCAAACAGUCGAUGAAGGAUCUACAGGAGAACUUCAUCGCAGGCUCAACGUACCAGACUGCAACCCGUGGCGAGCGUACCAUCGAGGAGGCUCGACCGUACGCGGAAGGGGUCUAUGCAAUCACAUCCACAAAACGAGCAUCUCACUUGGCCUAUGUGUUAACAAUCCCCUCCGAUAUUGGCGAAAUCCAGGAGAACUUCGGACUGCAUCAGCGCGGCAGCUGGAUCGUCCAGUCCAAGAACCCGAAGUUCCCUGGUCCAAGCUUUGCCCAAUUACCCAAGGAGCCCCAAUACCCCGAGUCGGUCCUUCAGAAAUUCGGAGACCUCCGAUGGGUGCCCCUGGAGCCUGACUUCAUUGAGUACCCAAAUGCCCAGUUUUUGAUGAUCGGCGAGGCACAGGAUCAUCUGGGCAAAGCUGCCACAGCUGAAGGGGGAAAGCAGCCACAUGAGAUAGAACCAGGUGAAGAGCUAGAAAAGAUGGAACAGGAAAACGAGGAUCGAGUCCAGGCGCAAGAAGGCGAUCUGACAAUCUACCGGGAUCUCGGCAUGUAUGCGAAAAAGUACGCAUCUGUGCCGACGACUUGGAGCGGCUAG